AUGAGCGGGAAACCGGUGAGACCUUGUACACGUGUGGGAAAGUACGAGCUCGGCAAAACCAUUGGCGAGGGAACCUUCGCAAAGGUCAAGUUCGCAAAGAACGUUGAGAAUGGUAACUAUGUAGCCAUCAAAAUCCUUGACCGUAACCACGUCCUCCGCCACAAGAUGAUGGAACAGCUGAAGAAAGAAAUUUCAGCCAUGAAGAUGAUUAAUCAUCCAAACGUUGUCAAAAUUCAUGAGGUGAUGGCAAGCAAAACAAAGAUUUACAUUGUGCUAGAGUUGGUUAAUGGAGGAGAACUAUUUGACAAAAUAGCUAAAAAUGGGAGACUUAAAGAGGAUGAAGCAAGGAGUUAUUUCCACCAACUAAUCAAUGCAGUUGAUUACUGCCAUAGUAGAGGCGUGUACCACAGAGAUUUGAAGCCAGAGAAUCUUCUGCUGGACUCAAAUGGCAUUUUGAAAAUUACAGAUUUUGGAUUGAGUACCUACGCACAGAAGGAGGAUGAACUUCUCCGCACUGCUUGUGGAACUCCAAAUUAUGUUGCUCCUGAGGUGCUUAAUGAUAGAGGUUAUGUUGGAUCUACAUCUGAUAUCUGGUCCUGCGGAGUCAUUCUCUUUGUGCUUAUGGCUGGUUACUUGCCCUUUGAUGAGCCAAGUAAUAUGGCAUUGUACAAAAAAAUUGGCAAGGCUCAAUUUACAUGUCCAUCAUGGUUUUCCUCUGAGGCAAAGAAGCUACUGAAGCGUAUUCUUGAUCCAAACCCUUUAACAAGGAUAAAAAUUCCUGAAAUCUUAGAAGAUGAAUGGUUCAGAAAAGGAUACAAACCAGCUAUUUUUACAGAGGAAGAGGAUAUCAAUGUAGAUGAUGUUGCUGCUGCUUUCAAUGAUUCUAAGGAAAACUUUGUGACAGAGAGAAAAGAGAAACCAGUGUCAAUGAAUGCUUUUGAGCUCAUAUCUAGGCUAAUGAUGCUUUCUUCUUCAUUUUGUUUAAACUCAAUACAGAAUGGGAUUGUUAAGAGAGAAACACAUUUUACGUCACAGCGUCCUGCAAAUGAAAUCAUGUCAAAAAUUGAGGAAGCUGCCAAGCCUCUGGGAUUUAAUGUUCACAAGCGAAAUUACAAGAUGAAGCUGCAAGGUGAUAAGAGCGGAAGGAAGGGUCACCUUUCAGUGGCUACAGAGGUUUUUGAAGUGGCUCCCUCCUUGCACAUGGUGGAGCUUCGAAAGACUGGGGGUGACACACUAGAGUUUCAUAAGGCAUUUCUACAAAAACUUUUCAUCAGGGUUACAAGAUGUAGUGUGGCAUUCUGA